CAGUUUCCAUCGUAGUUUCACGAAGCGCGCGUUUAUGCCACCACAGUUUUUCCUGCAUGGUGAUUUGGCCAAUUCAUCCGAUUUCAGUGUUUCGCCGUUGUCGUUCAACACGAUGUAGUUGGAAUCGGAACGAUCCAGUUGUUGCUUUUUCGUUGCCUGGAACAAACUCGAUCCGAUCGCCUGGUUUUAUCCAUGAAUAAUUCGGUUCCAUCGCUGCGGCAUCCGCGUCUUUGUUUACAUCCUUGCGAUUUGAGGGCUCUACUCAAUUAUACUUAAAGUGUGAACACUGGAAUAUGGGAAUCUGUUUAGAUACAGAACAUAGUGAUGGCUCUCAAGAUUUCGAAGAAGGGACGGAAAGUUGGGCGCAAAACUCUCCACAUCCCACCAGAAAUGUCAUCACUCCUUCAGCUGGGAAGUUUCCCAUGCACAACAACACUCAAGUGCAGUUCGAGUCACCGAAAGUUCCCGUUAUAUUUGUACUUGGAGGCCCUGGAAGCGGUAAGGUGACACAUUGCGACAACUUGAUGCAGGAGAACAAGGAGAUUGUUCACAUCAAUAUGUCCGACUUACUCCAGCAGUAUGCCAUUGGAAAUGAUAUCCCCGAUUAUGGUCAACUGUCCAGCAGAACUGUUACUGAAGUGUUGAUGGUGGAGAUGAAGAUGGCACCAAAUGCCAAAACGUACUUGGUUUCUGGAUAUCCGCGGAACAUGCGAGAUGUCGUGGAGUAUUCGGAAAAGAUUCAGGUGAUCAACGGCGUUAUCAUGAUAUCAUGGCGACAAAAGGUUCUGGAACGACAGAUCGACUACGGUGCCAAAUUGGGACAAGUUGUCCUGUCCCUAGCUAAGAUGGAACUCAAUAAUUUUUAUAAAAACGUGAUCCCAGUAGCGCAGUACUUUGCCCAGAGCAACUUACUAAUAUCGAUUCAUGGUGAAAGACCGCCUGCAGACGUUUAUCGAGACUUCAGGGCGGCAUUUUUCCAAAUUCUAGGCGACCAGGAUAAUCCACCCGAAUUCACUAAUGGCACUGCGAUACCCAUGCCUACUAAUACCACAUCAGAGCUGCCAAUUCGCCAAAACGCGGUCUUGCCCGACCCUCUGAGAAUGCAAAACGGCAUUUCUUCGCCGGACAGACCCAAAACGCAAGUGAUCUCAGUGGGAAAUGGAGGAGUACCAAAUUUCAACUCCCCAGUAAAGCCGCUGACUUACCCACCGGUUUUGUGGGUAAUUGGAGGCCCAGGCAGCAACAAAGCUUCGCUGUGCGAAGUGGCUGCGAGAGAAAAUGACUGGGUGCAUAUCAGUCUGGGUAAGAUAUUGAGAGGUGUGGCGGAAGAACCAAAUCCAGGCCAUAGCAGGGACAUGGCGAAGCUGAAAGAGUCGCUCAGCAAUGGAGAGCUGGUUUCUUUUGAUCUGGUCAAUAAAUACGUGGAAAACCAGAUGGAACAGAAUAUUCAGGCCAAAGGGAUUAUCCUGGAUGGGUUUCCAAGGGAUAUGGAACAAGCAUUGGACUUUGAGAUUCAAUUCAAGCAGAAGCCCACAAUCAUUCUCUUGGACUGUUCGAAGUUGCAGUUGGGAAAAGGUCGUCUGGAUGACAGCGUUACGGCCUUUAGGAGGCGGCUGGAGAUUUUCAGACAGUCAUCAUUGCCCAUGCUCAAAGCCAUGGAUAACAUCGGGAGAUUAACGAUAGUGGAUGGCGAUACGGAUACAGCUCCAGUUCAGGAGGACUUCAAAAACGUGGUAAAAGAACACAUCGACUACAUGCUAUCCAACAUCGAACCACCACCAGCUCCGCAAGCGGAGCCUAACCAUGUCCAGGCUAAUGGACACAUUCCCACUGCUAAUGGACACAUUCCGACUGCAAACGGGCACAUCCCCAAUGGACAUUUGCAGAAUGGUCACAUCCCUAAUGGCGACGCCACUUUGCUGGAUCUGGAAGAGCCAGUUGCCAUCGAUACCAUUAGCAAACGGGUGGUGGAAAAUGGCAUUUCAAACAUGGCUAAUGGAAAGGUCGCCAAUCAUAUGAAUGGCAUUGCGAACUUGGCUCAGGGGGUGGCACAAGUGGGGAAUGGGCAUCUUAGGGCGCCUUCUAAGAUCCCGGUAUUUGCCAGUCUAGAUAAUGGACAUCGGCAUGACGCUCUCAGCUACAUGGACAGUCAUAUUUAGUUGCUGCGGUAUGAACGAUGAAGAAGGCUGUGAUGAAGAGGUUUUUAUGGUGAUUGGGGUGUUUCGUGCUGGUCGCGCAAACACAUUUAUUAGUGAUGGCGUCGUUUGUAGCAAUUUAAUUAACUGAGGCUAUUUAAGUCCAGUUAAUGGUCUGUAAAUAUCUUGUUGUAGUUUUGUUUAACUUGAUUAAUGAAUAAGAUAGCCGGUAAGACUCAAACCGUAUUUUUUGUUGGGCAAACUUACGACUUAUAGUACAAAUAGGACAUUGUCUCAUUCCGCAUUUAGAGGAUAUUCACUUGGACUUUUAUUAAGUAGUAUUUAGUAAUUAAGGUGAGGCCAGUGCGACUACUAAUAUCAAGUUUAUGUGUCUUGGUUUUUUAAAUAUUAUUUUGCAACCGAACUCUUUGGAAUUGAAGAAUUUAUUGUUUGGGUAACUGGUGCAUGAAACUUGAUAUUUCUGGUCGAACUGCGACUUAGUUUAAGGAAAGUGGCCAAACGGAUACAUUAAUCAAUUAACGAAAUAAGAUUGUUAAUGAUAAUUUGUACUGUAGUUCUAAAGCAAUAAGUUUAUCAUAGUUUUAUUCAACUAACCGAAUCUAUCUUAAGCAAUUAAACUAUGUUCCUUACUUAUUAUUUCAACAAAUUUGUGCCUUAUUACCCCAAUAGGGCGAGACGCUCGUUUCAAACAACCCAGGCAAUAAGCAACGUGAUUUUAAAGGGUCCAAAACAACUUUUGCUUUCGGUUUUAAACACCAGCACUUCUACUCAAAAGUUUCCCACUUAUUACUCUUUGUAAAGCCUACGGAGUAUUAUAGGAUAAGGGGUGGAAAAAGUGCCUGCUUUGGUUCGGGAAUGCGACCCUCAUAUGUUACUUUUUUAAAUCUAUUUAGGAAGGAAGUAUUUUUGUAAUGUUUCUAGAUGUAAAUAUUUAUACGUACACAAUGAAGACCUUAUGCAUUAAGUGAAGUCACCAAACCCCUUUUUGAUGUUCUUAUAGUUUAUAAAAAUGCCGUUUUGCAUUCGUAGUGGUUAAGUAUGUAAAUGCCUGUUUAGUUCUGUUUAACAAUAACUAAAGCAGUUUGCUACACUUGGUAACUCCAAAACAAAUAUUUCGAGUGUACAAAAAUCGAAAAACUUCUUAAAUUCAGGUUGUGUGUGUUAUUCUUUGAAGUUGCCUUCAGUAUCAAAUAAGGAUUUCGGAAAACCUGUGAAGUAAGCCUUCUAUACAACUAUUGCUAUUUGCUGUUGAAAAUUUAUAUGUGUAAUUUUUGAUGUUUGAUUAUAAUUCAUAUGCCCACAGUACCUGUUACGUAUCGCAAUAAAAAUAUUAUAAGCUC